GCAGACCAGACUCUUAUCAUCAGAAAUCAAACUUCGAUUCAACCAUACUAUAAACACAUUUCGAAGCCGAUUGAACGUUCUUUCCUCCAUCGAUAUCAACUCCCAACAUGUCAGACCUCACAGAUAUUGCCCACCAAGCUGAACGGGAUCUGAACUCCUAUCAAAAGAAACAAGGGGCCGGUAACCAGAGCCUAUCAACAACCGAAUCCGGCGUCAACGAAAACGUCGAAAAAGACUUCCCCGGCGCCGAUGUACGAUAUGGCGAAAAGGCAAAUUUCGGUGGCAGUAGUAGCAGGAAGAUUCCGCCCGAGGAAGGGGGUGAGAUUGAUGCAAGGGGACGGUAUGUCAACACACAAACUUUCCUUCUAUUUGAGCAAAACACUAAUAUUUAACUCCUCUCUGAUAGAAUGAGCGAAGCAAAAGAUUUUGAAGGAACUGGUGGUCCUGAAGAUAAGAUGAAGAUUAUUCAGGAGCGGCGACCUGGCGAUGAUGGUGUGCCUGUACAGAGGACCAACUACUAAGACCAGGACUCCGGGCAGACAGGAUAUGAAUUAUGUAUUAUAUGAUGAAUAUGAUCAAUAGAUGGCAUUUCCAUGAGUUAUGAUGAC